CGAUCACUAUUCCAUUAUGAUCUAGUCGGGGCCCAGCUUUCUACAAGGACUCGCUACAUAGCCCCAGGCUUUAUUUUUGCACGGCCAACCAUUGCGUCGCGAGAUGUAUUCGAGUGCGUAAAAGACAACUUUUUGAAUGGACACUAUAUUGCAGGUGAUGACAAUAUCUCACCCGACUUCAAUUAUCAAACAUAUCUUCAUGAUGUUAUUGUUUCACAUCACAAUCUCAGAUACAAAUUAUUGGACUCUAACAUUAUUGAAGAUGGGCUGUGGUACCUCCAACUCCAUACUACUGGUAAUUCACAUUGGCUGCCACCUGUUGUUUUGAACAACAACUGGAUAAUUGAAAGGGACGUGAAAAUUGCAACAGCUAAAGAGUUCGGACACUGGUUCCUCGAUAAAACCAAUUCUUGCGACUGGAAAAAUGUUAGAAAAAUAACUAAACAAUGGUCAUAUAGAUGAUUUAAGUUACCACACGGUAUAUAUCGAGGAGUUAAUUAAUAGUACCAUGC